AUGGGAAACUUUUAUAGCAACAUGGAUCAGCUGUCCUUAUACUUGACAAGACUCCGAGUAUAUUUUGAGAAUAUAGAAGAUGAUUUAAGUGAAAGCACACUGAAUGUGCCAGCUCACCAAUGCGAAAGGAACUACACAGGUACAAGAGGUCAGCCAAAAUUUAAAUUUUCUAAAAGGAAAAUACAAUUUCUUCGAGAGUUGCACUUUCCUUGGGUCAGAAUAGCGGAACUACUCGGAAUUUCCACAAAAACUCUAACUAGAAGACGACAAGAGUUUCAAAUUGAGGACGAGGGGGAGGUUAACUGGUCUUCACUUAGGAAUGGAGAACUAAGAGAAAUCAUCCAAGAAAUAAUGACUGCUACCCCUGGGAUUGGUCAAACCAGAAUGAUAGGUGCAUUACAUAGCAGGGGAAUAAGAGUGCGGCGAUGGAAAGUCAGGGAACUUAUGCGCGAGUUGGAUCCAGUCGGAACAGCAGUUCGGUGGAGAGGAACUAUUUGUCGAAGAAAGUACAAUGUACGAGGUCCAAAUGCACUGUGGCACAUCGAUGGAACAUACUGCUAUUGA